AUGUCGCUACGACCUUAUCAAGGAGGACGUUUCGAGGAAAUAGGCUCUGAGGAAGCGCAUACGAUCGAAACUUUUGAACGACGUGUUGGCGGCACCCCGCAUAGCGAGCCUCGAAGGCAAUACUCCAGCCAAGAGUACACUGAACGUCGCACUUUUGGAAGAGAUGAAAACGGUGAAAUUGUAGUGAAAAUAGAAAAAAAUCCAUCAGACCCGGUUCGUCCAGUGUCACCUGUUCGACCAGUCACUCCUGUUGGAGAUCAUCGCCAUGGGCAUCUUUUGAAACCAAUACAACCAAUUAAUAUUCCACGAAUUGAUGUACAUUCCGCUUCACCAUCGAAUAGUCCACGCCAUAGGCAAGCAACCUCACCACGUUCCCAGUAUGCUGCUUCUCCGUCACACAGUGCAAAUAUCUCACCAAGAAGUGUAAGUUUCUCACCACGUAGCACUUCCAGUGUUGGAUCAAAUGGAGUACCUAUGAAGAAGAUAAUAAAGAAAUCUCGCUGGGUUUCUAUUCAUGAUGGCCGACCAGUGAGUCCAUAUACUGAGACCAUCACCUAUGAGCCAGCAUUUCCAGACAGAUAUAGCAGUGCGUCAGCGCGUUCCGGACGAUCCGGGCGGUCAUCGACUUCACUAUCUCCACGUCUUCGUCGUGAAUCUGAUGGAUCAUGUGCCUAUAUCAUGCAAAAUCCUCUGUAUCGUGAUUAA